CAAUCAGAACUGAACUAAAGCAGGAAUCAGUUUGUGAUUGUUGGUUCCUGCAGAGAGACGAUCAGAUUCACCUUCAGACCAAACUAGCAGCUUCCUCUCAGUGAGUCCAGCUGCAGGACAGAAAAGUGGAAACCUCCAACUCUGCUGCUUCAAGCUGCUCACACUGGAGCUUCACUCAGAGACAAAAUGGCUUCCAGAUCAGAGGAGGAUCUCUGCUGUCCGAUCUGUCAGGACGUCUUUAUAGAUCCGGUUGUUCUGUCAUGUAGCCACAGCUUCUGUAAGGAAUGUCUGAAGAACUGGUGGAGAGAGAAACCAGCAAGAGAGUGUCCAGUUUGCAAAACAAGAGUGGUCACCGAAGAUGGACCCAGUAACCUCGUUCUGAACAACCUGUGUGAGACUUUCUUAGUGCCGAGAGACCAGAGAGAUUCAGAGAGUCUCUGCAGUCUGCACUCUGAGAAACUCAAACUCUUCUGUCUGGACCACCUGGAACCAAUUUGCGCCAUCUGCAGAGAUUCAAAAAAACACAUCAACCACAGAUUCAGACCCAUCGAUGAAGCUGCUCAGGAUCACAGAGAGAAUCUGGAAACAUUUCUGGAGCCUUUAAAGAAGAAACUGGAGCUGAAGAAGGAAGUUAAAGAGGAGUUUGAUCAGACAGCAGAACACAUGAAGGUCCAGGCCCGACACACAGAGAGGCAGAUUGUUGAGCAGUUUAAGAAGCUUCAUCAGUUUCUAGCAGAGGAAGAGGAGGCCAGGCUGGCUGCACUGAGGGAGGAAGAGGAGCAGAAGAGAGGGAUGAUGAAGGAGAAGAUGGAGGCUCUGAGCAGAGAGAUAGCAGCUCUUUCAGACACAGUCAGAGCCACAGAGGAGGAGCUGAGAGCUGAAGACGUCUCAUUCCUGCACAACUACAAGGCUGCAGUGGAAAGAGUCCAGCGCUGCCCCCUGCUGGAGGAUCCACAGCUGCCCUCAGGAGCUCUGAUAGACCAGGCCAAACAUCUGGGCAACCUGGCCUUCAACAUCUGGAGCAACAUGAAGAACAUGGUGACCUACACUCCUCUGGUUCUGGACCCAAACACGGCUCAUCCAAGAAUAAUCCUGUCUGAAGAUCUGAACAGUGUGAGUUUAGGAGAGACACAGAAGUUUCCUGAUAAUCCAGAGAGGUUUAAUCAUGGCUGUUCUGUUCUGAGCUCUGAAGGUUUCAACUCAGGGAACCACAGCUGGGAUGUUGAUGUUGGAGACAGUGAAUUCUGGAUGCUUGGUGUGAUAGAAGAGUCUGUUCAGAGGAAGGGAAAGAUAGAGUCUGGAUGGUUAGAUAUUGGAGUCUAUGAAGGUAAAUACUCAGCAGGGUCUCCACCUGCUCCUCUCAUAUUCCUCCCAUUCCAGAAGAAACUCCAGAGGAUCAGAGUGAAUCUGGACUGGGACGGAGGAAAACUGUCGUUCUCUGAUCUGGACACUAACACACACAUACACACCUUCACACACACCUUCACUGACAAGAUGUUUCCAUACAUUAACACCAUGGAUAAAGUAAAAAUCCUGCCAAUGAAGAUCUCAUUGAUCAAACAGUGACUGAUGUUCUGAGCAUGAAGAACACAAAGUCAAAAUGAAACCUUACUGAUCAGAUUUAAACUCUUUGCCACAGGAAGUUCUCAAUCCCUGCGGCUAUAAAACUGAACUUUUUCUCUUUUUCCACAUAGGACACUGAUAAUUAAGUCUCCUGUGGUCUUAGGGCGAUUGCUCAAGGGGAGUGCGGCAAAUGUCACGGUUGGCAAGCGGGGGGUUUUCCCAUAAGACGGUCACUUUUCAAAGCCACACAGAAAAAACCUGGUAAAAGCGCACACAGGGUCAGUGUGACCCGCCAGACUGCGCAUAGAGUAAAAACCUGAUGGGCCUAAAUGCCCCCAUCUCUUAAAACAGCAGG